AUGGCUGCUUGGACGUUAAUCACCAGAUCCGUAUUGUUUUUUCUUUGUUUGGCAAUGCUGUUAGCUGCCCUUGCUCUGAUUGCUGUUGGAUUCUGGAUGCGAUAUGAUGAUUCUUUCGACACAGAUCUAAAAAAUGUAGUUUACCAAUUUAAUGAUCCCAAGGUUCUUGCAGAUGCUAAAUUUAAUAUCCGUGUUUGGCUGAUCGUAGUCUUCUGGAGCAUUAUUGGUCUCUCACUUGGAGCAGCCGUUACUGCUAUUUUCGGAAUGAUUUCUUCAAUUUUUGUGAAACGAAGAGGAUUUAUGAUCGCAUAUCUUGUUCUGAUGAUUGUUUUGAUUGUGUUAGAAAUUGGAAGUGGUAUUGCUAUGAUCGUCAAAAGAAGUUCUCUCCGUGAUGCUACAAAUGCGUUGGUGAAUUCAAUGUAUACCACGAAUUCUGUGAAGGAUAUUCAGAUUAUUCAGAAUACGUAUUCUUGUUGUGGCGCUCAAAAUGGAGUUUUCAAUAGAAUGUACUGCGGUCCAAUGAGCAAUCUGCCUUAUUGUGAUGUGACAGUAUUCAACAGCGUGGACAAUACAAUGAUGAUUUCUGGGAUCAUUCUUCUCGUGAUCGUCAUCCUUCAGGUCGUCGCAGCUGUUGUCCCAGUUCCCAUACUGAUCUCAAAAAGAUACACCAUUAAAUACAGUUACGAGCCAACUGAAGUCUCUCGGUUUUAA